AUGAGCUCCCAGCUCAGGGACAUCUUAGUGCUGCUGCCUACCUGGCAACAACUGCGGCUGUCAGUGGAGGUCACAGCCACAGGACAAGAGCUCUUCCAGCAAGUGUGUUACAUAACAAACAUUCAAGAAGCCCACAUUUUUGGCCUCAGCGUGGUCAGAAACGACGACGAGUAUGUGUUCCUGGAUUUGAAGCAAAAGCUCAGUAAAUACUUCUCGAAGGACUGGAAGAUGGACGCGGACCAAAGGGAUAAGAUAUCCAGGGCGCCCUUUAUCACCUUCUUCAGAGUGCAGUUCUACGUGGAGAACGGGAGGGCCAUCAGUGACAAGACAGCCCGGUACCUAUACUACUGCCACUUGAAGGAACGGGUACUGAGGUCCCGGUGUGUACUCAGAGAGGAGGCCUACUUUCUGCUGGCUGCCCGUGGGUUACAGGCCGACCUGGGAAACUACCAGGAGUCGGUCCACGUGGGCAAGUACUUCGAGCCACACGCCUACUUCCCACAGUGGAUUAUCAACGACAGGGGAGCUGACUACAUCCUCAGGCAUGUGCCUGCCAUGCACGGUGAGCUGCGGGGCCUGAGUCCCAAGGAGGCCAUACUACGCUUCAUCAGGGAGGCCUGCCGGCUGGAGGAUGUUCCUGUCCACUUCUUCAGGCUGUACAAGGAAAAGAAGGAAGAUGACCCUACCAUCCUCCUGGGGCUCACUCUGAAAGGAGUGUGCAUCUACCGGAGGAAGAAGCUGGAAAUCCACCCAGAAGGGUUUCUGGCAAUGCAGAAGCUGCUGUUCUACACGGGCUACACCUGGCGCUCCCGCUACCUGCUGCAACUACUUCGCACCACACACCAGCUGCACCUCAGCCUGCGGCCUGUGCUGCAGUGGCUACAACAGCUGGAGGAGGCAGAAGAGAAGAAAUGCUACCGGGAAUCCUACAUCAGUGACCCACUGGAGCUGGACCUGAACCCAGGCAGCAGGAAUUUCCUGGACAACGAGGACAGUAUGGACAGCAGACAACGAUCCCUUCCCUCCCUCUACUCCGAGGGCCAUGGCAGCUCCCACACAGUAGGCAUCAGGCUCAACUCCCUGCAUGGGGAGCGCGAGAUGUGCGUGGAUGGGCCUACAGGGACCGAGAGGCUCUGGGGGACAACACCAUCCAGGAGUCCCUGGAGCAGCUUCAGCAGCCAGGACACAUGCACUGACUGCAGAGAGUCUUGUCCAAGCAAAGGGCAGCUGGUGUUGGUCUCUGACGUCGAGGUUGGGGAGGCAGAGGCCAACCACGGGGGUGACCAGUAUCUCCACAGCCUGGACACCGUGUGCCUGCACCAGUCUUCCCAGAACCUUCUGACUACACCGGGGGCAGGGCUGCUGGUGCCCCCUAGAGGCCUGCUGAAGAGUCGCCCCCCGCGGGAGUUUGUGGUGUAG